AAUAAACAGACAAAACAAAAAGAUUGGACUUUAGUGACAAAGUGAUCACUUCUGCUGCUACUCUACUCUUCUUCUUCUUUCUUCCAUUCUUCAUUACAAUUCUCCUCAAGCUAUUAUCAGCUAGACCCUUUUUCAUUUUCCAUUUUGCUUGCAAAUGGAAAAUCCUGGAGCAAGCCCUUUCAAAGAAAUUCCUGUUGGUUUAGAUGCAUUUUCGGAGGAAGAAUACUUUUCUCAGUCUACAUUACUCAAAGAAUUUACUGAAAUCCCCACAAUUGAGAAGGCGUGGACUUUAAAAUCUAAUACUGAUGAAAUUGCGAUGUUCUUUGGUUCUUUCGGUGUUAGGAGGCUCACAGGUUAUGUUCUCAUUAGCCAACCUAAUCUCCUGGAAAACAAGAAAAGGAGAUAUGUAUCAUAUAGUCACAUUGCCAAAGAAAGAGAUGAUUCUGUACAAUUUCACUGGGCUGCUUUCCCUAUUGAGAUGGGGACAGCAUCUUUGAUGGUUCCCUCUCCAUCAGGUUCAAAGCUUCUUGUUGUUCGAACUGCUGAAAAUGACUCUCCUACUUGCUUUGAGAUUUGGAGUUCAUCUCAGGUGGAAAGGGAGUUUCAUGUUCCUUCGUCUAUGCAUGGAUCUGUAUAUUCAGAUGGAUGGUUCGAGGGGAUUUCCUGGAAUUCUGACGAAACUUUGAUUGCUUAUGUUGCUGAGGAGCCUGUUUCUGCAAAACCGACAUUUGCAUGUCUUGGCGACAAGAAAGGGAAUUGUCCAGAUAAAGAUUGUAAUAGCUGGAAAGGUCAAGGGGAUUGGGAAGAGGGUUGGGGCGAAGCAUAUGCGGGGAAAAGACUACCUAAGCUUUUCGUAAUCAACAUUAACAGUGGAGAGGUACGCGCUGUAGAUGGCAUCCAGAAGUCAGUGAGUGUUGGGCAAGUUAUUUGGGCUCCAUCGGUGAAGGACUUACUACAAUAUCUAGUGUUCGUCGGAUGGCCAUCGGGGACGAGAAAGUUUGGUAUCAAAUACUGCACUAAUAGGUCAUGUUCUUUGUAUGCUGUUAGAGCUCCUUUUAGAUCAGAACCAGAACAAUCUGCAACGAAUGCAAACCUAUUGGCGGUUGUGCUGACACAAAGCAUAAGUAGUGCGUUCUUCCCUCGUUUUAGCCCAGAUGGAAAGUUCCUGGUGUUUUUAUCUUCAAAAAGUGCUGUAGAUUCUGGAGCACAUAAUGCAACAGAUUCACUUCAUAGAAUUGAUUGGUCCAUUGAUGCAGAGCCAUGUCCGCAUAACAAAAUUGUUGAUGUGGUUCCUGUAGUGAUGUGUGCUGAAGAUGGAAGCUUCCCUGGGUUAUACUGUUCAAAUAUUCUUAGUAACCCGUGGCUUUCUGAUGGUCGCACUAUGAUUUUAUCAUCUGCCUGGGGCAGCACCCUAGUUAUACUGACCGUUGAUGUCUUGAGCGGAGAUGUAUCACGUAUCAGCCCUAGCACAUCAGAAUUUUCAUGGGAUGUCCUUACUCUGGAUGGUGACGAUAUAAUUGCAGUAUGUAGCAGUCCAGUUGAUGCUCCUGAAAUCAAGUAUGGUUAUCUUGUCGGGAAUGCUUGCGAUAACACUAAAUGGAAUUGGCUAGAUAUCUCAAGCCCCAUAACCAAAUGCUCCGAAAAGGUGAGGUCUUUGCUGUCAUCCAAGGAGUUCUGUAUAAUGCCGAUACCUGUUAGAGAUUUCUGUGAGAACCUUACAAAAGGUGCAAGCAAACCGUAUGAAGCUAUUUUCGCAUCCUCCAAAUCUAAGAAGCAUGAUGCAUGUGACCCGCUAAUCGUAGUCCUUCACGGGGGUCCUCACUGUGUUUCAGUGUCAAGCUUUUCAAAAUCUUCAGCUUUCCUUUGCUCGCUUGGAUUUAGCCUGCUUCUUGUAAGUUACAGAGGUUCCUUGGGAUUUGGUGAGGAAGCACUGCAAUCUCUACCAGGGAGAGCGGGUACGCAGGAUGUUAAUGAUGUACUCGCUGCCAUAGACCAUGUCACUAGUAUGGGACUUGCAGAUCCAUCCAAAAUUGCUGCUGUUGGUAUUUCUCAUGGUGGAUUUUUGACGACACACUUGAUAGGCCAGGCACCGGACAAGUUUGCUGCUAGGAACCCAGUGUGCAACCUGGCGCUAAUGGUUGGUACAACUGAUAUACCUGACUGGUGCUAUUUUGAGGCAUUUGGAAGUGAAGCAAAAUCAAACUUCACAGCAGCACCUUCAGCUGAACAUCUUGCUCUAUUCUACGACAAGUUCCCAAUUUCACAUGUAUCCAAGGUCAAAACUCCCACGCUCAUGGUAUUAGGUGCUCAGGACCUUCGCGUGCCCAUUACUGAUGGAUUACAAUAUGCGCGAGCAUUAAAGGAGAACGGAGUAGAAGUUAAGGUGAUGAUGUUUCCUGAUGAUAUACACGAGCUCGAUAGACCAAGAACAGACUUUGAAAGUUUUCUUAACAUUGGAGUGUGGUUUAAGAAGUACUGCUCAUAGAUUGCCACAUAAAUCAGUGUUUCUGCAACAAGAAUAAAGGACAGCCCAGUGCACAGGACAUCCCGCGUUCACGCAGGAUUUGGGGAAGGGCCGCACCCCAAGGGAUGUAAUAUAGACAGCCUACCCUAAUGCAAGCAUUAAUUGCUACUUAUACGGCUCGAACCCGUGACCUAUAGGUCACACGGAGAUUACUUUACCGUUGCUCCCCGCUCCCCUUCCUUUCUGCAACAAAAAUGUUUAGAGAUUCACGGCCUGCUCUUCCAAGAAAAUGAAGGUCAUAAUUGACUCAAAUUCAUCAUGAUCAUACUACUAUACUAAAUUGCUUGUAAUUCUCAUAUAGCACUUGAAAUAUGUCUCUUACUGAUCAAAUUAGUGCACUUUUUCAGGGAUAAGUGCUCCUUUUUUGCACAAACCAUGAAGUAUUUAAAAUUCCUUUUUUCCC